UAUUAAUAUUGUAUUGGACUAGAAAAAAAACAAUUCAAGUCGCAGGAAACCAUGGCCGCUGGAUACACAUCUCCUAGCUCUCUUGAGCACACGCCAACAUGGGCUCUUGCCACUGUUUGCUUUGUUUUCAUCUCCAUUUCCAUUGCCCUGGAACACUCCAUCCAUCUCCUUACCAACUGGUUAAAGAGGCGUCGAAAAGCUGCCUUGAAUGAUGCUGUGGAGAAGCUGAAAUCGGAGUUGAUGCUUUUGGGAUUCAUGUCACUUCUAUUGGCAGUAACUCAAUCGCGAAUUUCUCAUAUAUGUAUACCCGCAAAGAUGGCAGAUAUCAUGCUUCCAUGUAGCAAGCAAGUUAAGUCCAAGAUCACAAAAGUGCAAGCCUAUGAUCAGAAUUUUGAGAGUGAAACUUCAGGGAGGAGAUUCUCAUCAGUGAGUGCCCUCAAAGAUGAUAUUCUAUGGCAAAUACAUAGGCAACUAGCUGAUGAUGAUCAAGCUACAACUAAGUCUGGUGCAGCUGAUAUUCCUUACUGUUCUGAAGGAAAGGUUUCCUUAGUGACAAGUAAGGGCUUACAACAGCUACAUAAAUUCAUUUUUGUUCUAGCAGUUAUGCAGAUUGUACACAGUGUUGUCACCAUGGUUUUGGGGAGGGCAAAGAUGAGGCGGUGGAAAGCAUGGGAGAAGGAAACUAAAACAACAGAGUACCAAGUCGCUAAUGAUCCUGAGAGGUUCAGAUUUACAAGACAAACAACAUUCGGAAGACGACACGUUUCUACUUGCACAGAAACAUCAAUUCAGCUCUGGAUUAAAUGUUUCUUCAGACAGUUCUUUAAUUCAGUAGCCAAAGUUGAUUUUAUGACCUUGAGGCAUGGCUUCAUCUCGGCUCACUUGUCAGGGAGGUAUAGUAAUUUCGAUUUCCAGAAGUACAUAGAGCGAUCCUUAGAUGAAGAUUUCAAGAUUGUGGUCAGCAUCAGCCCUCUUAUGUGGUUCGUUGUUGUUAUCCUGAUGCUUGUUGACGUGCACGGCUGGCACGCAUAUCUUUGGUUAUCUUAUGUUCCCCUCCUGGUAGUGUUAACUGUGGGAACCAAACUUGAGGUCAUUGUUGCACGAAUGGCUCUUCAAAUCAACAAUCAAAACAGAGUGAUCAGGGGAACCCCUCUAGUUCAACCAAAAGAUGAACUGUUCUGGUUUGGACGGCCGCAAUUUGUUCUUACUCUUCUACAUUUCGCGUUAUUUACGAACGCCUUUGAGGUUGCCUUCUUCAUUUGGGUACUGAUCCUAUUUGGUUUUGAUUCUUGCUACCAUGAGCACACCGCAAUCACUGCCACAAGGAUUGUAUUAGCGAUCGUAGUUCAAGUCCUUUGCAGCUAUAUUACACUUCCUCUAUAUGCACUUGUGACACAGAUGGGUUCAGAAUUUAAGAGUAAGGCAUUAGAGGAUCAAACGACCAAAAUCAUCAAGCAAUGGCAUGCCGAUGUGAGGGAUAGAAGGAAGAGACAAGAACUUCUACAAUCUCCUCACCCUUCUAUGUCAACAGAAUGGAGCCCAAGAAGGGGUAGUCCAGCCGAAUUCGCUUCUCUCCCACGAGCAGGCCAUUCAUUGACUGAAAGCAUUCACUUAUCUAACAGAGGGGGAAUCACUGAAGAACAAGACAAAAUAGUGAAAGUAGAAGCAGGUUGCUCUCGUGGUCCAUCUCAGCCAGUCAUACUAGACAGGCCAAUGCUGAGGAAAGGGUAGAUUGGAGAGCAAAUGAAGCCAUACCACUGGCAAGAGGGAGAUCAGUUUUAUCUAAAAGGUUUUUCUGAUGCCCUGAUCUAUGUCAAUCGUAAACAGGCACACAUCGGUCACUUAAAAGGGGUUUGCAUUUGCCAGUUUCUGGUUUAUAGUUUAAUGACAAAGUUUGCAUGGAUUGAUUGUGUAAUAUUGAGCCCCCUACUGCCUGAAUUCGCUGUAAAUCUGUAAUAUACUUUUCAGGAUGAUACAACAUAAGACAGGACCAAAAAUAAAAUGGCACUAGAACAAACUUGUAUCGACUUGUUGGAUUCUUACCAUAGUUUCAAAACUUAAAAGAGUUGGAAUAAGCAGGUAUCUACUAGAUAUUUCUUGAAAGAAUCUGCAGUGGACCAUCUGUGUCUCACAUUUUCUCUCACGGGGUUUGGCCUGAUUGAAGCUUCAAUUAAAUCACAUUAAUUUGAAGUUUUUGAAGGUUUUAUGAGAGCAUAGAGGGGGAGAUAAAAGAUUAAAAACUUUACUUCAUGUAUGAUUAAGACAAUAGCACCAUCAAUGUUUUCUCCAUUAUAAACAAGGAUUGUGAGAGUUUAUGCCACCUGCUUGUUCUAGAUUGGUUUUGGACCACUUUGGGGGUCCACUAUUAGUCUAUUAUGGCAUCCUGUGGUUGGAUAUGACCCUGAAAUUGAGUUAAAUGAAUGCAACAAAUAGUAUCCACAUCAAGUAUGGGACCAAGGGCCAUUAACCUAGUAAAAGACGUGGAGUUGGAGGAAUCCAGGUUCACGACCACAUCCUCCAUUGUCCAAGGUUCCACCACUUAACUUUCUAUAUUCCUCUGCUUUUACUUAUUCUUUCACCACCGCAGACCCUCCCCUCAUUAAUGAUGCUGAUAACUACUCAGAUUUUCCCUUCAAAUAACCUCUCUCCCGCUCUAUAUCUCUCCGCCCCCCCCCCCCCCUCCCCCCCAACCACACACACACACUCUCUCUCUCUCCAUGGCCGACAACCUCUCCUUAUGUCUCAUGGGAGCCAUGGAUCGUCUUUGGUUUCACCAAAUUAUUCUGUUCCCAGAACCCUUUUCACUAUACUUCCCAAAAACCCUCAAACCAGUACAGCAGCCCAACUCAGAAUCUACUACUACGUCUACAAGCCCAUCAUCAAGCCUCUCUUUAUCAUCUCUUCCAGAAGACAUCCCAACGGUUGUGUCUUCUCCCCCUGACCAACAAAACUCAGCAAUUUCAUCUCCAUCAACUCCACCGGAUGAUUCUAAAAGUGAGGAAGAAGGAGUGAAGAAAAGACCAACAAGAGCGAGUCUUAGCUGUAGUAGAAGUCGUUCACAUUCUUCAUCACCAUCAACCCAAAAAGGUUGGAAGAAUCACAGACACUCAACUUCAUGUUCACCUGGGGGUAAACUGCAAAAAUCCAUGAGUUGUAGGAGCUUGAAAGAUUUGGAACUAGAAGAAGUAAAAGGUUUCAUGGAUCUUGGUUUUAUAUUCAAGAAAGAAAACUUAAAUGCAAGAAUGAUUAGUGUUGUCCCAGGCUUGCUCAGACUUGGAUUUCUCAAAACUAAACAGAAAACUGAACUGAAUCUUGCUGCUGAUGAACUACCUAAAGAUGAUGAUAUUGAACCAGAGGAGACCGGUGUUGUUAGACCAUAUUUAUCAGAGACUUGGCUGAUUAAAAGACCUGAUUCUCCAUUGCUGAAUCUAAGGGUACCAAGGGUCUAUGCCGCUGCUGAUAUGAAGAAACAUCUCAAGUUUUGGGCUAGGACUGUUGCAUCUGUGGCUCAGCAGGAAUGCUAAAUGUAAAAUCUUGUCAAAUUUUCCAUAGAAAAGAGCCUGUCAAAUCCAGCAAACAACUACUACAUAGCUGCAACAGUAAAAAAAAAAGAGAGUUUGUAAUGAGAUAGUAUACUAUAAAUAAACAAUGAGCCAAAUGCUCUUUCUGUCA